UCUUAGAUUAGAACAGAUUCAGCGAUUAGACUAGAGUGGCAGUUUAAUCUGAGCCCUCACUCGCGUUAGAUUGCUGCAAUGUUUGUCCAACAGUUAUCCGCCGGUCAGGAAGCACUAGAGUUCCCUCCACUUGCGCAUCAAUUUGUGGUUCACCAUCCAGUGAUGGUCGGCCACUCCGUUCAUCGUGCAGGCUUGUUCGACGGCAUUGAAAUCACCUGCUGGCAUUUCACAACAGUGCCAUAACCUGGGGCAUUGUCGCCGUACGGUGCCGCCAGCUUGGCAUUAACCUCCUUGGCAUUGUGUUUCUUCGAAUGCAGAAGACGAAUCACUGCUUCUGCUUCUGCAAACUUUCCCGAUCGACGCUGCCAUUUAUGUUUUGAUGUCCUAGGUAUUUUUCACAGUACUACACGGAAGAAAAAUUUUUGUAUUCCACUAAAACUUGAAAGACGUGCGCUAUUUUUGAUGCCUAUCGUGUACGCUUGCUUCAUAUUUAUGAUAGCUAUGAUAUGAAUUUUAUGAACGCCCUUUAUUUGCAUUCUAUAAUUGCUUCACCGCAAUACAGCUGUGUAAUGUGGUGAAAGGAAGUGAAACUUUGCACAAGUAUUUGUAUAAACAACAAGUCAUUAAUUCGUCUACUUUGACCGUGCCUCCACCAAAGGGGCAACGGGAACACCAAAGCUUGAACCAAGAUUGGUCCGUUGGUUGGGGGCUCGCCGCAUGCCUGGGGUGCUUUCAAAGAGGGCCCUUUAAUCAUGGAUGGAAAAGAAGCAUCUGAGCCAGCAGCCCUACUGCCAAAAAUAAUCUGCGUAACCACAUUGGCAGGCAGCACUGAAACUUCAGGAGAUGCAGCCACCAUGGAUAGUGACCCAAGGCCAUACAGCUGCCCUGUGUGCCAGAAAUGCUUUGCCUCACGGAAUUACCUCAUGAUGCACACGCGCUGGCUUCACGAUGGAUUGGAGACGUCUGCAGCAAAUGUGAACACCAGGGUCGAGAGCAUCGUGUUGCCAAGCAGCCCUUCCACUACGCUGCCGCCUGGCUGCAAAGUGACAGCACUCCUACUGCCAAGGAUUGUCCCCGUAACCACAUUGACAGACAGCGCUGAAACUUCAGGAGACGCAGCCAUCAAGGACAGCGACCCAGGAAUCCCUGAUGGUGCCAUCACAACCUCAGCGAAGCAGAGUGCCAAGGCAGUGCACUUUGGCGGGAAGCGACACGCAUGCUCCACGUGCGGGGCGCGGUUCGUGUGGCGGCAAAGUCUCGUCCAACAUAAGCGUACCCACACGGGUGAGCAGCCGUUCCAGUGCAACUACUGCUCGGUGACGUUUACAUGCAGUGAUAGGCUUAAUAAUCACAUUCUGACACACACCGAGGAGAGAACGCACGAAUGUGAUGUGUGCGGCAAGCGGUUCAAACUCAAGAAGACGCUCAUCGAGCAUCACCGCAUCCACACAAGUGAGCUGCACUACACUUGCAAGCUGUGCCCAGCAACGUUUGCACGCAGUGAUACGCUUAAGAUCACAUUCUGACGCACACCGGCAAGAGAGCGCACAAGUGUGAUGUGUGCGGCAAGCGGUUCAAACUCAAGAAAACGCUCGUUGGCCAUCGCCACACUCACACAAGUGAGAUGCACUACACUUGCGAGCAGUGCCCGGCCGCAUUCCGCCGCAACGAGACUCUGAAAAAACACAUGCGGCUGCAUGAAUGGGGAGUGGAAGCAUACCACUGCCCCAUCUGCAAGAUGGCAUUUUCUUUCUCCCCUAAACUUACAUUGCACAUGCGUCUUAUGCACAAUGGGGGGAGGCUUGGGGCGAUGGGCAAUGACUGCAAGGCGACGCCUUCAUCACCAAGUAGCCAUUCCAGCACCUUGCUUCCUGUCAACAUAAAAACUGAGGACUGUAGAGAUCUCUCAAAUGUGGACGAAUUGAUUACAGGCGAUGUGUACUUGUGAUUAGUUGCUGCUGUUAGUGUACAUUCCAGCACUUGGCUCAGCCUCCCGCCGAUGUAAAACCUGGUGGCUGUGGAGGCCUCUGGACGACGUAUACUUGGGAUUGGACAAUGUAUACUUGUGAUUAGCUGGUGCUGUUAGCUUGUAUUUAUUUAGAGUCUUAGCAUAGCGGAGAUGUGCUAGCGUUAAACGUAUACCUAGAAUAUAUUGUUACUGCGCAACCGAGAGUGGCGCCAGUCAGAAGAAGACAAUUUGACAUGUGGAGGUGGAAUCGGUCUCGACAGCCAUCUUGUUUAUGUAUCGUUGCUGCUAUUGUGUAUAUUGUAAAUACAUCUUUAUCUUUGA